GUCAAGAUCAGUUUAGCUUUUUUCAGUAAUGACCAAGAACGAGACAGAAGUGGAUGCAUUCACCAUGACCAGUGAAGCAAGUUUGUAAGAGAUUCUUUACAAAUUGACCUGUAUGACUAUCUCCCAUUUUUCUGUGUGGUCUCUAAAAGCCACACAAAGCCAUAAAGGUCUGUAGUAACGGCAGUAGCCCCAUUUUAUGGAGGCCUCGCAUAGCCAGCUGAAAGCUGGGGAGACGUCUGGGGGUGAAGACCAGCCUCGAUGUGCAACUCCCACAGUCAGCUGCACCCCUCAGCCCUCCAGAGCUCAGCCAGCCAAGCGGGGACAGGAUGGACAGGACUCCGAGCAUCAUCGUUGCCCCGGUAACACAGCCAAACCGCCAAGACGUCCUCACCUGGAAAGGAAACGCCUCAGACUUCAGAGGAGACAUGCUCAAGAUUCGGAGGCAAUUAAGGAGGGUGGAGCGGCAGCAGAAGAUGCCGGACCAUCACAGGUGAGCAGCGAGGGCAGAGCGUCCAGCCAGGUGUCAAAGGAAGAGCCCACAAGUGCCCCACGUGUCCCGUCUUCAAGCGAUGCAGCUCCAUCUAACGUCACAGACGAGGACGUCCAGGAGGGAACUCCGAAACAGAAACGAGAGCGGAAGCCACAGAAGCCUGGGAAGUAUGUGUGCAGCUACUGCGGACGGGCUUGUGCUAAGCCCAGCGUGCUACAGAAGCACAUCCGCUCUCACACUGGUGAGAGGCCCUACCCUUGCGGCCCUUGCGGUUUCUCCUUCAAGACAAAGAGCAACCUGUACAAACACCGCAAGUCACACACCCACCGGGUCAAAGCUGGGCUGGCUCCACCCAACAAAGACGAACACGUCGUUAGCGGACAAGAAGAGAUGUUGACUGAUUCGGAGGAUGACUCCAACCGGUCGCCAUCAACCGCUUCUGUAAAGAAACAGGAAGGGGUACUAGGCUCGCAAGCACCUUACAGCAUGGAGCCAUGCUCCAGUGAUCAGUCGAGUGGGCUGGGAGACUCUCACGCCGUGAAAAAGAGACUAGCACUGCGGUUGAGCAAGACCAAGCAAGCGCCGGCCGUGGGCUCGUCAGAUGACGUUUCCUCUUCACUGACUUUGGGAAGCCGCGGCAGCACAGAGUCGGGUUACUUCUCUCGCUCCGAGAGCACAGAGCAGUCUCAGGACAGCCCUCCAAACUCCAGUGCCAAGAGCUAUGCUGAGAUCAUCCUUGGCAAGUACGGGCGCCUGGGGCAUCUGCAAAGAGCUGCCCGUAACCAGCAGCAGGGCUCGAGUGGACCCGAGGGGAAAGGCAUACCGUUCAACCUUCCCAAAAAGCAAGUCAUUGACCACAUCACUAAACUCAUCACCAUCAACGAAGCUGUGAUGGACACCAGUAAGAUUGACAGUGUCAAGCCCAGACGGUUCUCACUCUCCAGACGGAGCAGCACAGAGUCUGCCAAGACUGCCGCUCUUAAAGAACCCCUUGUUCACUGCCCCAAAGUCACGGAGGCCAGUUCUAAGGGCAGCGGGUCUAUAACGCUGGGCGUUCCAUGUCAGAAAUUCCAUCAGCAGAGCCUAAAUAUAGAACAGUGCCCGAGCCAGGCCUCGGCUGCCCCUCUCUUGAGGAGUCUGUCAGUUCCUUCUGAGCCUCCUGCUUGUAGAACAGACGCUUCUCCCCGCCACCUGAGGCUUAGCCAAUCAUUUGACGAGCAGCCACCAUCGCAGACAAAUCGGCGCCAUGCUUGGCUGCGUCGCCAACCAGCAAUCGAGCUGCCCAUUGGCUGUGAUUUUACUCCUGAAAAACUGCCCAUACCAUCAUCAUCAACAACAACAGCAACAGCAGCAACAACAACAACAACAAUGUCCUCUUGCUCACUUAUGUAUCACCAAGAUGUGCAAAACCCAUCUAACCAGAAACAAAGACCCAUUCAACCUUACGAGUGUGAAGAAUGUGGCACUGGCUGCAAAGACUGGGAAAGUUACAAGACACACAGGCGGCAAUAUUGCAAGGUGCAUGGUCAAACGCAGAAAGUGGAGCCAGUUCCUGUGCCGGUAGAGAAUGCUGUAAGGAUGCAUUUCAUGAGCAGGCCAGGUGCCUUGAUGGUACGAAAGAGAAGAAAAGAGGACAGUCUUGAGCUGGAUGAUUCCUGUUCGUCUGUGUCUUUGCCAUCUACAUCUGAGAAAAGUCCACAAAGUUUAAGGGAAUCAACCAGCGAGCUCUACAAAGGACCCAGGCAGGGGACCCGGCUAGAGAAGGACCCUGAGAGAUCAUUAAAGGGGAUAUCAGUGAUACAACACACAAGCUCCUUUGAAAAGCAAGAGCGAAAUAUGUUUGUGAAAAGUAAAGAGAAGGACGACCAAGAUACAUUUGCCCAUCUUGAACACCGUUCAGCCUCACCUCAGUUGCCAGAUCAGAUCCCCAGAUCACCAGGCUUCCGCAAGUUGGUGCGGCAGCCUAACGUUCAAGUGCCAGAGAUCCUAGUCACAGAGGAUACAAACACCGCCAUGCCAAUGUCACCGACUGCAACAGUCUCCACAGUUGCCAAAGAGACAGAGAGGUCAGAUGAAACAUUUCAGUGGCCUCAACGAAGCUCCACCUUGGCCCAGCUUCCCAUUGAAAAGCUUCCCCCGAAAAAGAAGCGCCUCCGCCUGGCUGAGGCGGCCCAAUCCUCGGGGGACUCCAGUUUCGAAUCCAUGUCUUUGCCCCCUCGCAGCCCAAGUCAAGACAGCAACAUGUCGUGCACAUCCAGCCGAUCUGCAUCAUUCGAGGACUUGGGGAAUGCAGGUGAUGAGGGGAUGACCUCUGGGAGGAGAUCCAGAGCCACACACAUGUUAGCCGUUCCCUCUAGUUCCCACCACCACAACCAUCACCACAGGGAGAUGAGACGCUCUGCUUCUGAGCAAGCUCCCCAUGUCCCGCAGCAAUGCACUCCAAUCUCAGAGGCCCGUAGCAAGUCCUUUGACUACAGCUCCCUGUCCCCAGAUCGCACCCCAGCUGGCUGGAGGGAGAGGCGCAAAUGCCUCCUGCUACGGCACACACCAGUCCGGGACCCGGAUGAGGAGGAAGUGCAGAGUCAGGAAGCAUCAUCUCGUAGUGGGCCUUGUGGGAGCAUGCAGAGUAGUUUUUGCACCGCUAGUGCUCCACCCAGUCCCCCUGUAAACCCAGGUCUGGCACCCACUGAGCACCCACGGUGCACACAGACUCCUUGUGACAAACCUCCUGUUCAUUCUCAUUGCCAAAACUCACCAGCAGCGCUGUGGCGACAAGACCCGAGACACGAGUUUAGCAAGUUGCCAGAGGUGCUGCCGAUUCAGUCAUUAGAACACAAAUCGGAGCAAGCAACACCGGUUGUUUACAUGGGACCAGAAGGACUUCAGCACGGCCCUCCUGGCCAUCCCUCUUCCCAAGGUCCAUCUGGAGCAGCAAAGGCCCGAUACUGCCCAGGUGCAUCGUCUCUCAAACUGGAGACCCCCGCCGUCAGAGGCCCAAUGAAUGAAAACCAGCCACGAGCGGCAUUCUCUUCCCAACCAUCAGUCCAUCACCACCAGCACCAGCGUGUUUACUUGAGUAUUACCCCCGACUCUGAGCCACUACGGCCUUGCGGGAUGCAAACAGUAGCCGUGCGCGUACAGGAGAACAUCCCCACUCACUCCAGUGCCAUUUACACGACACUCUCUCACAAUGUAGAUGCAAUGAAACCUCAGGAGCUCAGGUCGAGCAUACACCACCAAAAUGUGACUUUGGAUGUGUCUGCUGCGAUGUGUGUGGACCCAGCCAGCGGCCUACUUGGGGCUGUUGCUGCCUCAGAUAGCCAGCUACAGGGAUGCAGCAGGUCAGUCGGGUCUGGAGGAAGCAAGCGAAUGCUGUCCCCGUCGAGUAGUGUGGAAUUCGGGCCUGACUCGCAGCAACAGAAGAGAGUGAAAGAGGACAAUAAAGAGGACGAGGAGGAGGAGGAGGAUGAGGAGGAGGAUGUGGAAGAGGGGGAUAAAGGAAACGAGCUUCGACUUCCAGACCCUGUCAAAACUGACAAGCAUUCAGUCGAGCAGUCAGACAAACAAGCCAGCAGUACUCACAGCUUUUUUUCAGCCACCACCAACACAGUCACCACCACGACCGCCACCAUUGCCACCAACAGCAACAAAGAGACAUCGAUGCCUACACUUCACGCCAAGCCCGAGUACAGCUGGUGCUAUCUCCACUACGCCAAACCCAGCCCGUCCCCUCUGAGUGACCACCAGUCCUCGGUGUACUCCUCCUGGUCCACCAGUGCCUACAACCCCAACCCGCCGGGAAUCAGCAGCAAGGAGAUGCUCUCUCUGCUCCACUGCAAGCAGGGCCACUCCUCCUCCGUCACCUACACCAUGGCCCCGAUGUCACCGCCCCCGGUAUCACCGCCCACAACGCCAGGGGAGGAAAAGGGAAAGGAAGGAGCAGCCGCCGACCCCAGGAAGCCAGGCGUGUCUGAGGUACACCCCACUCGGCACGACCACCCCACUGAGGCCAGGGAAGUUCAGUCCACCGAAUGCAAGACGGAAGGAGAAGAAGAAGAAGAAGAAGAAGAGGAGGAGGAGGAGGAGGAUUAUGGCGAGGAGAGGAAGAAAUCAAUAGCAACCUCCAAACAAUCCGAGCCUCCUACUGUUCAGAGCUGUGAAGGAGGCUGUAGGUCAAAUGAAGAAUGUGUGACCGUUCACGGGGGGCGCAGAGGAGGCCGGCAUGUGUGUGAGGACUGCGGAGACGACGGUGGCAGAAGGCCCGGCACCCUUGGCAAACACAUCCGUCUCCACGCCACCCAGAGAGCACACAUCUGCCACCACUGCAACCUUACCUUCAAAACCAAAGGCAAGCACUCUCAGGAGGGUGGCAGUAAAGGUCACUCAGCAGCCAGAACAGAGACGUUGGAGAAACAGCCGAUUGCUGAUUACAAAGAUACAGAGGAGGAUCAUGAAGAGGAGAAAGAGGGGAAGGAGGAGGAAGAGGAUGAUGAAGACUACGACGAAGGCCUCGAGGACGAGAUGAAAGAAGGCUUAUCUGACACGUGUGGACAUCACAUGACUUCACGCUUGGCUUCAUUAAAGGGAAACUGGACCAAAGAAGACACAUUCAAAUCCAAGUCCAAGUCCGAGUGCAAUCAGUCCAUAAUAAACCCGCCCCACCACCACAGCCGGUACACUUUCUCCAGCCCUCGCACCUCCGCCUGCACCACCACCACCGUCACGGUCCCACAGCCACACACCUUCACCACCAGUACGCACACUGUCACGGUCCCCCGGCCACACCCGGAGUCCCAGCCAGGGCGCAGCUGCUCGUCCCCCAUCCUCAGCCUGUCUCCUGGCCGCUGCCUGUCCCCUGCCCUCCCCCAGUCCCUGUCUCUGUCUGUCUCCUCUGGGAGAGAGGCCUGCUCCAGCCCCGGAUCCUCACCUCAUCCCUAUCCCCAUCCCCGUCCCCGUCAGUCCCUCUCCCCUGCUCAUGGGCGACACCUGUCGCUCUCCCCAUCCAGGUGCUCUGUCGCCGGUGACCAGCCACCGUCACCUGCAUCGUCCUCCGAUUGUCAUCGCUCUCCUUAUUGUGGGAGACAUCUGUCGUCCUCCACCACCACCGGGAGGGAGGCAGAAGGCGUCUCACCCCAGUCGGCGUGCAUCUCUGCUGGGGCUGCCGAGUCUGGCUCUCCCCCUCGCACCUCCAUCUCUGGUUCCUCCCGUCCUGAAGGGACUGCCGUUGCCCGAUACAAAGGCUCCCUCAGUGGGAUGAGUAACUCUGUGGCCGUACAGGGCCUUCUGUCCCCUCUGGAUAGACCUGCGUCCUUGCCUGUGUCCCAGCUCUCAUCUCCCCGCAGCCACCAACAGCACCAGCACCACCACCACUACCACCAUCCCCAAGCCCAGCGCCACUCUGCCCAGCACCACCCAUCCUCUACCCCCAGAGAGGGCGGCAGUCUCCUCAGCCACCUGCCCCUCCACUCCCAGCUUCCCGCCCGCAGCCCCAGCCUCCUGAUCCCCAUAGGGGGCAUCCACAUGGUGCAGCCCAGGAGCGGGGCUUGCCGCCUGGGCCACACCCUGGGCUCCCAGCCCCUCCAGUCCCAGCAGCCCCUGGUGGAGCCCCAGAGGCUGAGAGCAAUGGCCUCCUCCACCACCACAGCAGCGCGUCCCUGCGCGAGACAAGCCGGCACCUCCUCCCAGCUCUGCAGGGAGCUGACCAAUCACGGGCUCCGAGGUAACGAGGCGCCCGCCGCAGCCACCCAAUCAGAGGCGCCGUUGCUGUCAGACAGAGAUGGAUGUUGCGGGGUGCGUGCAAGGAGGCAGGAGGGAGAGGCGAGCUCUGCAACAACGCAGCAGACACCUGGCUCCGUGCCCAGGACCCAGCACACGCACACUCACUCACACACUCACUCGCACACGCACACGCGCACACACACCCACAAACACACCGCCCCAGACAAGCACCUUAACUGCACAUAUUGAUACAGAUAGAGGCGGACACACGAAAAGACAGACAUGACAGAGAUGAAAUCCUCUGAGACGAAAUAUAUAAAUGUAAAAAAAAAAAACCCAUAUAAACUAUAACUCGAAACAAAAAGAAUGUUUAAUAAAGACUUCUGACCAGGCCGAGGACAUGUGCAAAGGGAAGUGAACGUUAAUCCUACAGCAGCACUUAACAGGAGAGUACACAGUAAAUUUUGCGGUGUUAAUUCAACCCUGAAAGAGUUCAUUGAAGUCCAAAUAAUGUCAAAUCAACCCUCUAAGUGUUAAAUGAGCACUGCAGUAUUUACUGUGUACUCCAACAUACAUGUGUUGAUACAAUACUGUACAUACUGUACGUCUCUGUAAAAUGUUCUAUAAAUAUUCCGUUUAUGUUUUUAUAUGGAUUUUCUAUGGUAUACUAUACUAUACAUACAUAAUGUAAUUGCUGCACACGUGUUUGUACCUCUUUCUUGGCAAUUUCUCACUCUCAAUCGCUGGAACUCUCUAUUAUAGACAUUAACUAUAUAAUGCUUAAUAUAUAUACAGGGUUUUGUCAGGCAGUUUUUGUUUUGUUUUUGUUUUUUUGGGUUUUUUUUUAAUAUUCACCUGAAUUCCUGCUAUUAUUGUUGAUGAUGAUGUGACCAAACACGGAGCUGUUUGAAAGGGAGUCUGCAAAAGUCUUACGAUGGGUGCUCUUACUAUUAUUAUAGGGUGCAAAUCAUUUCCCCCCCUCAUCUCGCCUCCUUUCCUACGUCUUCUGGCCUUGUCUUGAGUCAGUUUUAUAACUGGACAUCCAUUUCAUAAUUCAAAAUAGCAACACACAGGCCUAUGUUAUCUAUCUGGGACAAGCAGAGCUCUGUUGUCAAACCCAACUUUGAAACAUAAGAUGAAUGUCCUGAUGUGUGACAAGGCUGGUAAUUGUUUUAGAUAUAUCACUAUGUAUUUUGAAGGUUAAAACAAUGUCCAAUAUAAGCCUGACUUAACACAGGUCAAGAAUGAGGCAUGAGGUUGCAAGGCAGAGGAGAGGAGAGGAGGAGGUGAGUUUGGGAAGAUGAUUUGCACCCAGAGUCUGUUGUUAUAUACUAUAUAUCUGUGUUAGGAGGCCAGGGUUCAAACACAGUCUUAAUAAUAAUGCUGAUAAUGGAUUGUAAAGGGAAAAAGAGAGAAAAACAAAUAUUUAAAAAAAGAGAUUUGUUUUGCGGAGGCGACGAUGCAAGUAUGAAGAAGAACGUACAGUCAUGCACUAUAGUAAUACUUUUAUAUAAUUCUUUAUAUACAUACAGAGAUUACUGUGGAUGUUUAUGGUAUAAUAGUAUGUUGUAUUUCUGGUGGUACUCUGUGCGUGAUGUCACAUUUCAUUUGAUAUAAAAUAUGCCAGUGC